UUUCAAAGUGUUUUUCGUUCAGUUCCAAACUGGAAGACAAGUCUCAAAAGUUCUAGAGUUCAGUCUGAAAACUUUGCUUACUGGUUUCAUGCAGCAAGAGUGGUUCGUGUAUGGAGUGAAUUGGAAAGCCAAAGCAGUACCUGGAGAAAGUUCUGAGCACACCAUGUGCCCAGUAUCUAAAGGGCCGACGAAUUAGAUCUUGUCUCUGUCGCUAACAGACUACCACAUGGUGACACGGUGGAGGGAUCUGUGAGAUUCCUGGCAAUCUGCGAAAACGAGUAUGUGUCUUUUCUCCUUCCUCUGUCUGGUUUUUCUAUUCCCGUUUAGUUUAGUUGAGGAGUUUCUCGGUAAAAUUAUUCUUCCUGGUUCACGAGGCUGUAGGAAUUUCUGACAUUCCCAUCGCAGAUUAUUACUUGGGUAAGCUGCUGCUCUCUGUCCCCGAGCUGGUCUUUGUUCUUAUCUUAGCGAGUUGCUGAUGAAAUAUUUGUUUCUGAUGAUGGUUUUUGUAGUUAUGGCCUUGUUGCUUGCUGUCUUCUGUAGAUUCCACCGUGUUCCGCGGGAGCUGUGGUGAAGAUCGGUCGUCUGACACGGAUUGACUGAGGUAGUUUGUGCUUUUGUCACUAAUUUAUACGCGCUUGUCCUUUGUUCUGGCUGGGCUUGUUGGUGACAGGAAAUCCCGUUUUAUGCGAUGGAGCCUUGGGCGGGGACGGUAACAGGCUCCCUUCCAAUGUGCUGGAAUAGAAAAAAUGGCAUUGGAACAUGCGCACGUUAUUGCCGGCCACUGCCGAGAAACAGACGCGGACGAAACAAGGCUGGAGCGUGUAUGAACACAAGCGUUCACGGCCACGCUAGAGGAAAGAAAAGACGGCUUACCAUCUCUUGUCCUGGGAAGCGAGCUUAAGAAGCUACGGCAAAGCUAGCUGAUGCCCGCGCUCAAUGAUCUUCGUGUCUCAAGUUUAGCAUCCACGAAGCACAAGUCGACAAGCUCUGAUCAAUCUAAAAGAGAGCUACAUAUAUUUUUUAUCCCGCGCUGCUCAGCCAGGGCCAGUAUACGACCAUAUAUACGUUGUCUUUCCCGUGCCCGCGUACUCGGACAGAGAAUCGGACCAUGUGAGGAACAUAACCAUCAUGCGAUCAUCGCUACAGGAAACCCGAGCCUCGAAAGCAUAAUCUGAGACAAAAACUCGUCUAUACUAUACUUGGGUGGAGCGUAGCUCCAGUACAGGUCUCUAAAGUUCGGAGCCUGUAGGCGGUAGCCCGUGCCUGCUGGAAGAACAAAGAAAAAGCAUUUCGAAAGCUCAGCUAUGGUGGGAUACGUACCGGCACAAGCAGUUCAAUCUAGCAGAAUCGAUCACGGAGAGGAACCCAUAGAGGUUUUGGAUGACGGCUUUGGAGAUAAUGGAGAGUCUGCACCACAGGGAGAAGAGGAAGAGGAAUCGGAGGCUCAGGACGUGAGCUCGGACAAGUCUCUAUACAGUUGCAGCACAGCGAGUUUGAUCGAAGGUGAGUCGAGAAGUAUGCUGAACAGCAGGAUGAAGUCACCUCUGGCACAAGUUGGGCCUCAAUCCGUCUUCGACUUUGGGAGUUCGCCGAGAUGGACACCCAGUGGAAGUCCCAAGGGAUUAUGCGACAGUCUGAUGGCCUCUCCAUCUCCAACUGCCAUGAAGUGGCUCGCAAGUCCCGGAUUGGGAUUUCAGCAAGGCAAUAGUACUGAAGCAUGCUGGGAAUUUUCGAGCUUUCCACCUCUCCGGAGUUUGAGUGGCUCUCUCUUUGCAUCGUCGACGUCGGCCCCAAUUCCCGGCCUUGCGGAGGACUCGAGCAGGAAUUCUAGUCCUCCCUGGACGAUGAAAAACAGCACCACCAACACUGAGCCGCUGGAGCUUCGGCAACAACCGCAGCAUCAGUCCGAGAACUCACUCAUAGCAGCAGACGUGCAAAGCAUGGAUCAAAGCUCUGUUGCAGCCUGGCUCGACUCGAUAGCCAACGAUCUCCUCCACACCAUGCCUGGAGUUUCCAUCGAACACAUCAUGCAGCUCCUCCUGGAGAACCUCUCCCACUGCAAUCCUCACGUCGGGAGCGUCAUCAAGUCGAAACUCUACGGCCUGGACAAGCCAUCCACCUCGGUGUUAAACAACAGCAGCAUGGAGAUUUCGAUGCUCACCUCGUCCUCAUCGUCGGUUGGUGCUGCUCACAUCCAGACAACAGACGCUCUCAGGCCAGACGUUCUGAAGCUUUCUCUCGACUCAUCCUCGUCUUCACCGUCCGAGAACACAAACUUCUCAGCUGCUGCUGCUGCCAACCAGUUCGAGCUUCAUAGGAAUUUACAGGAUCAAGGGAAUGUCAUCAAGCCGCCUGCGCCAACAGUCGCGGCUCCGAGCAGUAGCACUGCUGCUGCUACCUCGGACGACGAAGGCUUGCAGCUCCUGGCUCUUCUGCUGCAGUGCGCCGAGGCGGUCUCGGCGGACAACUUCGAAGAGGCCAACGCUCUCCUCCCGCAACUUAGCGAGCUCACGUCGCCGUAUGGGAACUCGGUGGAGAGGAUGGCGGCCUACUUCUCGGAAGCCAUGAACGCCCGGAUGGUGAACUCGUGCCUGGGAGUGUAUGCGCCUCUCAUUCCGGAGAUGCACAAAGUCUCGAGCAAGAACACCAUCGCAGCGUUCCAGGUGUUCAACUCGCUCUGCCCGCUGGUGAAAUUCUCGCACUUCACAGCAAACCAGGCCAUCCUCGAGGCUCUCGAUGGGGAAGACAGCGUCCAUAUCCUCGACUUGGACGUGAUGCAGGGGCUACAGUGGCCGGCUCUGUUCCACAUCCUCGCUUCCAGGCCCCGGGGUCCGCCGAGAGUCCGGCUCACAGGCCUUGGAGCGUGCUCGGACACUCUAGAGCAAACUGGGAAGAGGCUGUCCGAGUUCGCAGCGUCGCUGGGACUCCCGUUCGAGUUCCACGGCGUGGCUGACAAGAUCGGGAACUUGGAUCCUCUCAAGCUGGGGGUCCGGAGGAACGAAGCUCUGGCCGUGCACUGCCUCCACCACUCGCUCUACGACAUCACUGGCUCCGACGUGAAAGCUCUGGCGCUCCUCCGCCAGCUCCGGCCCAAGAUCAUCACCACGGUGGAGCAGGACUUGAGCCACUCGGGCUCGUUUCUACACCGGUUCGUGGAGGCGCUACACUACUAUUCGGCGCUCUUCGACUCGCUGGGGGCGAGCCUGCCCGAGGACAACACCGAGCGGCACGUCGUGGAGCAGCAGCUACUCUCGUGCGAGAUCAAGAACAUCCUGGCUGUUGGGGGGCCGGCCCGGACUGGCGAGGAGAAGUUUGGGAGCUGGAGGGAGGAGUUCCAGCGAGCGGGCUUUCGAGCGGUGGCGCUCGGGGGAAAUGCGUCCGCGCAGGCGAGCUUGCUUUUGGGGAUGUUCCCGUGCGAAGGAUUCGCGCUUGUCGAGGAUGGCGAGCUUCUCAAGCUCGCCUGGAAGGACAUGUGCCUCUUGACGGCCUCGGCGUGGAGCUCCUCGUAAAGCGCGAAAGAAAAGAACCAACCAACGGUCGCUUCAUGGCGGCAGGAAAGUUUUGGAGACAAGACUCGAGCUCUGGACCGGUCACAGGUGGAAUAUUCGUACCAUUUAAAAAAGUUUCGAGCUUGGAAGCAAGAACAGGGAGGCGUUUUAUUUUUCUUGCCGGGGGUUUUAUUUCUUUUCGAAGCUGUGGAGAUGAUGACCCCAAUCUGCUAUGGCAUUCGUGGAGCCAAGCAUCGCUCCGGUGUUCUUUCGGGAAUGAGUUCCAGUUCCAGUAGCUGUGAUCGCGGCAAUGGCAGUCGCGGCAGUAGUGAUCGAGAGGACGAAGAGGAUAGCGAUGAGUUCUCUUGGGAGUCGCAGGGAUUUGUCUCCAGGGGAUCGUACUUGAAGAGCUACCGCUUUGUUCGCAAGGAGGAAAACCAGAGAGGCAAGAGCAGCACCCGGUUUGCGCUUCGAAAGAGGCUGAGGAGGUACGUGAAGAUCCUGCGAGCAGUGAUUUCGUCGAGAAUGAAGAGAGCCACCAAGAAGAAUUAGAUCGAAAGAGAGAGCCUGUCUUACUUUUUUUUUCUGGAGCUCUCUUCCUUGGCUUGGAAGUGAUGUUGGUACACUUGGAAGCCAAGUUUUCAAACUCCUUUGCAA